GUGCUUAAUUUACACCAAGCAUCACAUAAAUUCUUGUCGUUGUUCCCUUGUCUUACAUCUGGUAAGGAUGACCAAGUUGUCGAUCAUGAUUGGAUGGAGACUUGUUGAUGUCCCUGUCUAUCUAGGAUCAGGGUAGUUUUAGGGUUUCUCUUAAGAGAGCUUAAAGAUUUUUGGCGAGUUGCACUGUUGAUAUCUACUAUACUACAUCCUAUUGACAUUGAGGAUGAGCCCUCCCAGCUGGACAUAAGAAGAGAGUGUAAUACUGUGGAGAAUGCUAUAACCAAACUCG